AUGCUGUUUUAUGAGUUUUUUAGAUCCAACAUCGGAAAACGAAUUUUUGUGAUGCUAAAGGCGGGAGUGUAUGUAUCUGGAGUGCUAAAUAGCAUAGAUCCAUACCUCAACCUAAAUCUUUUGAAGGUGAAGAUACUUAGCAAUCACCCUGGUCUGGAUAGUAUUUCUCUAUGUUCUAUACGAGGUUCGUCGAUAAAAUAUAUUCUUGCUGAUAAGGAUUCCAACCUAUUGCAAGGAGUGAAUGCUGGGAGUAGGCUCCGAAUGGUGCUCGAUAAAUGCUAUUGA